AUGCCAAAGUCAUCUGCUUCAGCGUCGGAGCAGCUGCAAGAUGCUGUCUCGGGCGCAGUCACGACAUUCUUGAAAGCAGCAAACCACGCACUAGCAUCCACGGAGGAAGCGAACAAAGAAGAACUGAGACGCGCUUUACAGGAUGUACGCGACGCGCAGCGCGACCGCGACGAGGCACGACGCGAACGUGACACGCUUAUGCAGGAGAAGUUGGCUGUGGCUAUUGACUUGGACGCCGCCAAGGUUGAUGCGGAACGGUGGAAAGCUGCGACAGAGAAAACGGAAUGGAUGAUCAGUCAUCAGGCGGAAACGAUUACGCAGCUACGAUUAGAAGCACAGCAAUGGAAAGACCAAUUCGUGCGCGUUAACGAAGAGAGAUUGCGAUUAUCUGCCCGUAACGAUGAACUUGUUGCUCAGCAGCUUUACGCAAAUAGACGGGAUAAUUAUUAUCAUGAACCACUAACUCCACGCUCACAAGGACCUCAAGCACAAGGUUCUUCCUCAACGCGCGCCGUGUCGUCUAACCACCAGCCAUCCUCAUCGGUGGUUGCGAGCGGAUAUAUGACAGAUGGCGACGUGCUUAGCAGACGUGUGCAACAAGACCAACAAUAUGCGCAGCAAUCUCGUGUCACAAACUCACGAACUGCUGGCAGACAAGCGAAGCCUCAGCCUGUGGCAAGUUCGUCUCGUCGGAUGUCCCAGCCACAACCGUCAAUUACUCCCGGAAAAGUGCUGCGUACAGUACAUGUCGUGAUGCAAGGCGCACCCGUAAAAGAGGAGAGCCUCGACUCUGUAUCGCUCGCAUCUGGUGCCUCGGGUUCGGAAUCACUAGGCGAAGACGAAGCACCAACUAUGGAGCAAGUUGAACCUCUACCACCCGUGCAGUCGCAGAGACGUGCCUCUGGAAAGCAGAAGGCAGUGGCUCAAAGUCAAAGCACACGACGGAGGUGGUCAGAAGGGAGACGAAUAUACGACGACGGGAGUGAAAGUGCGAGCCCAAGUGCCUCAGAAGACGAAUACGUGCCCCAACCAUCUAAAUCACGAAUACAUGAAGAUGACGACGAUGAAGACGUAGAUGAGCUCAUGUUGGGCGGCGAAGUGGAUCGUCACGAAAAUUACGGACCACAGAGGGCAUUGGUCAGCGAUAAUCGCACUCUAACGCGACGGACGCAGACGCUAACUACGAAGAAGGCAACCACAUCGUCGGGCUCGGUCAGGAAGCGCAAUAGCCCGUACGUGACAAAUGGAGCGGGAAAGAAACCUCGAAAUCGCUAGUUCUCUGAGUUCUUGCGCAAUGGUUUUCAGUCGACGAGCUGUUAUCAUGCAUCCAUUUACGCUAACCUAUCCAUUCUGUAUUAUUAGUCAGAAUUCUUUGGAGGUGUACUGCUGUGUUAUUAUUUAUUACUAAU